UGAUUGUAUGCACCUAAUUACUUUGCAAUCUACGCUAGAUGAUUCCUUCAGUUUCCGGCACCUCCUGCGUCGGAGUCCCAGAGCACAUUGUCGGCCGGAGCAUUAGCUGACUAGCUGAUCUAAAAAAGAACGCCUGUCCCUAUAAUUUCCGGCAUAAGAGAAUGAAGACACGAUCUGUGAAGAGUAUUCCCACGGCGUGGAGUAAUUGCAACAUGGCUAGCAUUGUGUGAUGUGCUUGCCCCACCUGGUGAUUCGCAUACGUAGCAUUGAUUGUUCUCUUGAGAAUCGUCAUAAAGUUUUGUGGUGUCAAUGUUUUUCAGGGGUCAUUUGGUAUAGUGACCCUCCAGGUCCAAAUCCCAUGCGGUAGUUCUACCUCUAUCAUAACUUGUGGUAGUCAAUUCGCAACAGGAUAGUCGAUCUCGCGAAACCCACUGUUCUCGAUGGAUCUGAAUAGCCACAAGAAAUCGUUUCAGAGGCAGCAAACUUCACCACGGGUCAAACUUGAGAUUCUCAGGGUGAGGCUAAGGACACGGUUGUCACCCGCGAAUCUGUUGCGUCUCUUCCUUGACACUUGCUUGCAGGGAUGCGUGACCGUAGGCAACAAUUCUAAAGGCAGCGCAGCCACCUUCAGAAUCAUCUGCGACGAUAGGAACAUAAACCUCCACUCUGCGUCCGGGCGCGUCCACGAGAUUACCUCUGAGAAGUUUCUUGAAGUUUCGGGCAAAUUCAACCCAGUUUAUGGGCAAGGAGGAUCGGUGCAGCCUGUGCUCAAACAUCAACAAGCAGCUGUUAUUACUGGCCACGGUGGAUUGACGACAGUGGAUUUCCAGGUCCACCACCACGCUCUUCACACCUGCUCUGCAAGCUCAAAUGCAAUUGCUGAUAGGAAGCAAUGCGCCAACACCAAUGUGCUUCCCAUUCCGCUGGAGAUGCUGUUGCAGACUUCUCCGCUUCACCCCACGGAAUUCCUCCAAUCCUCCUCAAGGAGAGGGGCAUCCUUAGAGUCUCCCCUUGGCGAGAAGGCCCACCGGCCACGCUCUAGACUAUCCUUGGGCUCUGCGUCUCACACAACCAUGGCCACUAAACCAUUGAGCCCCGUCACCGACAUGAGUACAUUUCGAGAGCAAUCAAAUCGACGUCGAAAGUCCUGCGAUACCACACGACUCUCCUCGAAGCGCCGAGGAGGGUCCGGGAGCCGACCUGCAACUCUUGAGGGCGAUGUUCCAAGGCCAAGGUCGGGGAAAGCUGUACAUAGGCCGAGUCCAUAACAGUCGCCACAUCUGCCUUCAGAAGCACAACUAAAAUAAGCGCAACUGUACAAUAACGUCUCUUCCACGAUUUGCAGCUGGGUUCGUAAUGAUGCAGUUCCAGAGGCAGCAGCUUAACCAUUCUGUGAAUACUGUCUUCACUCUCAGCAAGACUGCAAUCGAUAUCUUCUCCUUUCCGAACUGGAGACUGGAUCAGUUUCUCGCGCUUCAGUUUGUAGCAUGCACAUCGCCCUAAUCUUAGAAGAGCUCUAAAAUCUUCUGCAACUGAGGCGGCUUCAUAGUCUGUCCAGCGCAUGCCGCAAUCCUGUGUAAAAGUCCAUGUGACCAGCUGUAAACAUCUGGUUUCGUUGCAACCCAGUUGUGGGCACUGGGUAUACUAUUUGCUAAAUCUCACAAAACGAAGUGAGAAUAAUGCCAAUUAUGCCUUGGUUGCUAUGUAGCAUUGCAUAACUGAAACUCAAUGAGAUGCGAAGUUGUCGAGGACCAGUGAUCAGGAAUUGAAACCAAAUUGAAACCACCGCAAAGUGUCUGAAAAUAAUCGCCAGAGCUCCUUUUGUGAUUGGAUAAGUGAAACAAACCAGACAGGACUAUGAUAUUUUG